AUGGCACCAUCAGGUGAGGCUGCUGACAGCCCAGAUCACGAAGCACAGGCCAUCCUAGAGCAUGCCGAGAAGCUGCUGACGCUGGGCAAAUUGGAGGAGUCCACAGAGCAGGCCCUGAUUGCUCGGGAGUACUUUCUGGAGAUUGGAAAUCUCGCGAGCGAAGCGGAGGCCUUCCGGAUUGAGAUUUUGGCGAAGCAAGACGAAGGCGAGUACGGCGCAAGGACUGGCGAGUCAGUGCUGAAGGCCAGUGAGAUCGACCUCUUGUGCGAAAUCGAGCUUUCGCGAGCCAAAGCCGCUGGAGACCAGAAGGCCGAGGCCGUUCUGCUGUACACGUUGGUCGAGGUCAACGUGACGCGCUCCACGCAUAAGAUGCGGACGGAGUCGAAGAAGUGGUGUGAUGAAUCGAUCAGGCUGUUUGAGCAGCUGGGCCAAACUUUCUGGCAAGCGCGCGCUGUUUUAAUGAUGGUUAACGUCCAGCACAAGUUUCAGGAUUCAGACAACAUGCACAAGUACGCCAAAGAGGCCUACGAGCUCUUCGGGCGCGUCGGUGAUAGAAAGAGGCAGGGAAUGGCCCUGCAUGCAAGCGCCCUCUCGUAUUUGGGAGAGCAGAACACCCCGGCUGCCAUUGACUGCGGGCUGCAAGCCUUGGCCAUUUACCGCGACAUCGGUGAUCGACGAUUGGAGAUCGCGGAGCUGAAAACAGUAGCUGUGUGGCGCAUGGGCCUGGAAGGAAAUCAAGGAAAGAUCGCGGCCCGAGAGGCAUUGGAAGCCCUCGACCUGUCGCGGAAGUAUCCGGAGCCGAACCAGGAGACUGUCACUCUCCAUGUGGCCUUGCAGGCUCUGCUGCAGAUAGGCGAGCGCAAAGAGGCGCUUCGGGCGGCUCAGAUUUCCUUGAAGCGCUUCCAGCAGGACCCGCGCUUAAAGAUGGAGGUGGCAACUUUGCAAGUCUUGGUCGAUGAGCUGCAGGGCAAGACGACACCGAACGAGCUGGAACUGAUGCAAGGAAUCAAGUCACGCAAGCAAAGGAUGCACAUUCUCAUUGACUUGGCAAGGUCGCACUGCAACAGUGGGCAGCUGGACGAGGCGGAGGCUGCCGUGGCAGAGGGCCUCGAGCUGGCCCGGGAGUUCGGCAAGACCCAUCGUGAGGCGCAAGGCCUCCGGAUCCUGGCACAGCUGCAGCUAGCCAGGGGGAAUCACUACCAAGCCAUGUCUUCGGUGAAGAAGUCCAAGAAGCUCUCUGCAAAGGAUGAGGACAAGGAGGGCGAGGCGAGUGCGUGGCUGCUCCUGGCCGAAUGCCACGCAGCAGCGCGCAGCUACGACGAGGCCCAGGUCUGCUGCCGAGAGGCACAUGCCCUUUGCGACGAGCACGAUCUUUACAAGAAGGAGAUCGAAGUCUGGCACCAUGUGGUCGAACUCCACAUGUCGACAAAUCACUAUGAAGCGGCACUCCAAGCUGCAGCCAAGAGAGUGGAGGUUGUGCAGCGCAAGAAGGGCAGCGUCAAGGAGCAGGUCGAGGCGCUUGACGUGCUCUGCAGCUUGUUCGUCCUCCAGAAAAACGUCCAAGAGGGAGAAAAAGCCGCCACUGAAAUGCUUCGUCUGGCGAAACUCAACGAGAGUUUGGUUGACUUGGAGCUUGCGGCGCUUGCCCAGUUGGUGCAGGUGAACAUCGUGCGGCUCUCUGAAGCACCUGGACAGGGUAGCUUUGCCGGGAAGGCUCUUCAAUAUGCCGAGCAGGGGUGGUCGUUGGCCUCUCGGGAUGCCGCAAGCAUCGAAUACAAGAGCUCUGCCAAGUAUUGGCAGGCUGAAGCUCUUAUCUGCGUUGGUCGCCACCAGCAAGCUUUGAUGGCGGCCUACGAAGCUGAAGCUCUCUUCAGACAGAUCAGGAGAACCAAGGACAGCGGAGGCAUUCUCCGAUGUCUUCUUCUGCAAGGGCGUCUGGCAAAGGCCUUGGGCCACGUUGACGAGGCAGUGCAAUGCAUCGAACGGGCACUGCAGAAUGCCUCCGAGACUGGAAAUGAAGCCGGAGCAAAGAUGGCGCGAGAAGAGCUGCAACGCGCCCGGCAGACAGAGGAGGACUACUACGAGGCUGAAGCCGCGUACGACACAAGCUCACUCAGGCCAGACGCUGCGGGAAAAGUUGCUCGGUCACAGGGCGUCGAUCGCGAGAUGGUCAGAAGUAAGCUGAUGUCGCAUGUUCAAAAUGUCCUGACGGACGAGCAGCACGUUGAUGCUGAGAGUCCGCUCAUGGACCUUGGUUUGGACAGCUUGUCGGCCAUCGACCUGCAGAACCUCAUCGCUUCCACGUUCCCCUUUAUGACAGACACGGCAACAGUACUUUUUGACUUUCCCACGUUGCGUGAGCUCACGGAACACAUCGUGGAGCAAAGCCAGUUGGCCGGAGUUUAG